AUGUCUCACCUACCAAGUACACCACAACUAUUCUGCAACAACAUGUUUCCAACGCAACAACUUAUACCCAACAAUAAGACAAACAUCAACAUGCCACCAUUCACUUAUCACUUUCCUUAUUUGUCAGUCAACGAACAAGCAUCAACAGUACCUUCAGCAAGUGUUGUGGGAAACACAAGCAUUGACAUGCUUCCCACCAUCAUGUAUAAUUACAUGCUUUUGAAUCAACAAAUGUAUCAAAUACUAAACCUGCAACUCUUUCAAACAUGCCAAGUUGACUCUUCGCCACAUGCAUAUGUUUAUGAUGAAAUUGCAUUGGAAUCACUCUUUCCUGCACCAUUGUGUUUUAAUAAUGGUUCUGAAACCAUGUUGAAAGCAAUUCAACCUGAAGAUUUAUUGGAAAGUAGACUAAAUGACAAUACAUGCUGCUCGGAUGUAUUUUUGUUGGAAGAGGAAGAAAUCACCACAUGCACUGCUAUUGGAAGUGAUGAAACAAACAUGCUUCAAUUAUUAACAAGUGAUAUCAGUCCAGCAUGUUCCUCUGUUAAUGAGACAAUGUUUAGUCGACAGAAUAUUGAGGCCUAUCAACAAAAUUCGAAUGCAAUAAUUAGAAAUAGUAAUUGUGAAUCGACAUCUACUGAUUCUAAUUCAUUCAAUUCAUCAAGCAAGCUAGCAUUAUCACCAACUAUCGGAAACAUUUCUCCUUCAUCUUCUUCUGAGACUAAACUUCAAAAAAACAGAAAAUGCAAAGAAACCAAAUCUCAACAUUAUUCUUCACAAGACAUGUCCAAACUCUUCAAUUCACUCAUUAAAAAGAAGAGAGGAAGGCCACCAAAAGUAAAUUUUAAAGUGGAAUUUAGUGAACACGCCUAUUCAAUGAUUUACAAUGGAAAAGUGGAGGAAGCAAUUAAAGUAGAAAGUGCUAGUAGUAGAAGAGGAAAGAGUAGAGUAUUGAAAAGUAUUCCACAGCACAUUCUAGAACAGAAUAAUGAAACUCAGAGUAGUAAGUGA